UAGGAGCAGCACAGCAGAGAAGAGUUGAAAGGGUAUGCUCUGCUCUGGUCAGUCGCUCCACCUCGAGAGAACAUGCCAUAAUUGAAUUUACUAAUCUUCCCUUCCCUCCACAUGCGAGAACGCUAUUCAGGCGGAGGGGAAGACGAAGAACAAGUAAGGAAAACGAAGGAAGUCGCCCCCACGUCGCCCCUCUGCACUGCACAUCCAUUCUCCAAAUUUCCCCAAGCAGAAACGAACCCUCCUCUGCUCUCUUUACCAAGAUUUCAACCCUGUCAACCUCAGAUCACUCUCCCCUCUCUAUUGAUCUCUGUAAACAGGAGCUGAGGUAAUGAUGUUUUGCUGCCUCUGCCCGCUUUGAUUUGCCCUUGUUCUUUGGAUUCCUGUCAAGUGGCCGAGUGUGAAAGCAGUUUAGGAAACUGGGUCUUCUACAUUGGGCUGUUUUGAUCUAGCAGUUUGGGGAACUGGGUCUUGUAGAUUGGGCUGUUGUGAUCUGCUUUUUUUGCUUGAGCUUGGAAUUGCGGGUUGUGGUCGAGGAAGUGUUUCUUGAACAGGGCAUUGACUGCGGAAGCUGAUUGAGCGUUAGAACUGGUUGAAUUUGCUUAUGGAAAUGGAGUUCCGACAUGAUUGACUCUGUCUGGUCUUGUCUUGAAUUGGUCUGGCAAAUGCUGCUGUCCUUGCAUUGCUAUAAAUCUUCUGGGGGGAUGCGAGAUCCAAACUUGGGUAUGGUUUAGGAAUUAGCAAAAAUUAGGAACAGACUGUUGUUAUUUGUUUUAAGUGUGGGUGAAAGAUCAGGAGAAAGCUAAUGGCUUCUUCUCCAAGUGGCUCUCCUCCUCCUUCCCUGGCAUCACCACCUUCUGCUUCCACCUCUCCACCGUCCAAUUCUUCCACCCCUUCCCCACCACCCCAAGCUGCUGUUUCUCCGCCUCCUGAGUCCCCGCCUUCCACUCCGCCUCCUUCCCCUCCACCAUCUCCGCCUGCUUCGCCGCCUCCAACUGUUUUACCUCCGCCAGCAUCGCCUCCUCCUUCCCCUCCUGCUGCCCCUCCUCCAUCUUCACCCCCAUCUCCAGUUGUGACAUCACCGCCACCACCAUCGGCUGGUGGCCUCCCUCCCCGGGCAGCAGCCCAGCCACCUCCUGCGGCAGCUCCCCCCACAUCGCAGUCUUCUCCCCCUCCUCCUUCUCGCGCAAUUUCACCCUCUCCUCCUUCCCCUUCUCCCCCAUCAGAUGUCCCCAGCCCACCUUCCUCCAAGCCUUCACCUCCACCGGAGUCGCCUGCAAAUUUGCCGUCUCCACCACCUGCCCCUACAUCAGAAGCUCCAUCCACAACACCCUCGGGACCUGCAUCCUCACCGCCUUCUCCGCCCUCGGUUCCCUCAUCCUCACCGCCUUCUCCACCCUCGGUUCCCUCAUCGUCACCGCCUUCUCCACCCUCGGUUCCCUCAACCUCCAAGCCACCGGCAAGUUCCCCUCCUGCCCCUCCCAGUAAUUCGUCCACUUCUGCAAGUCCAGCCGGCCCUCCCCUGCCUUCUAUUCCAACCGAGAAGCCGACUGCUAGGUCCACCAAUGACACAACUGUGAAUGCAAAUUCCACGGCUGGGGGACUAAAGACUGGUGGAGCAGUUGCAAUUGGAAUCGUCGUUGGGUUCGUAGUCUUGAGUCUUCUUGUGAUGGCUGUUUGGUUCAUGCAAAGGAGGAAGAGAAAGAAUAAACAGUCAAAUAUCGGGUACAAAUUCAACAUGCCUUCUCCAUUUGCGUCAUCCCAGAAUUCAGAGUCAGUUUUCUUGAGGUCCCAUUCUCCGGUGGUCCUAGCAGGGAGUGCCUCUGGCAGCAAUUUUAUGUACUCGCCAUCCGAGCAAGGGGCCAUAAACAAUUCAAGGUCUUGGUUCACAUAUGAGGAACUACUCCAUGCGACAGAUGGUUUUUCUAGCCUCAAUAUUUUGGGCGAAGGUGGAUUUGGUUGCGUGUACAAAGGGGUUCUUGCAGAUGGGAGAGAAGUUGCAGUGAAACAGCUGAAGAUAGGCAGUGGACAAGGAGAGCGGGAAUUUAGGGCGGAAGUCGAGAUUAUAAGCCGUGUUCACCACCGCCAUUUGGUUUCUUUGGUGGGUUAUUGCAUAGUGGAGCAGCAUAGGUUGCUCGUUUAUGACUAUGUCCCGAACAAUACCCUUCACUACCAUCUUCAUGGUGAAAGGCAGCCAGUUCUUGAUUGGGCUACCCGAGUUAAGGUUGCUGCUGGUGCUGCUCGUGGAAUCGCUUACCUGCAUGAAGACUGUCAUCCUCGCAUUAUUCACCGGGACAUUAAAUCAUCAAACAUACUUCUCGACAACAACUUCGACGCUCAAGUUUCAGACUUUGGUUUGGCAAAAUUGGCAUUGGAUUCUAAUACACAUGUUACUACUCGAGUCAUGGGAACAUUCGGAUACAUGGCUCCAGAAUAUGCUACUAGUGGAAAGUUGACUGAGAAAUCCGAUGUUUAUUCCUUUGGUGUUGUGCUUUUGGAGCUGAUUACCGGUCGUAAGCCAGUGGAUGCCUCUCAGCCCCUGGGUGAUGAGAGUCUAGUCGAAUGGGCUCGACUGUUGCUUGCACAAGCACUCGAGGAUGAGAACUUUGAAGGGGUGGUAGACCUCAAGCUGGAGAAUAACUAUGUCGCAAGUGAAUUGUUUAGAAUGAUAGAGGCAGCUGCAGCUUGUGUGCGGCAUUCAGCUACAAAAAGGCCACGUAUGAGUCAGGUGGUUAGGGCAUUAGAUUCUUUAGAUGAGCUGUCGGAUCUCAGCAACGGUAUGAGACCGGGCCAAAGUGAGAUCUUCAACUCAAGAGAGCAGUCUGCGCAAAUAAGAAUGUUUAGGAGGAUGGCAUUCGGUAGUCAAGACUACAGUUCCGAAUUCUUUAACCACACUCAGAGCAGCUGGAGGAGUCGAGGAUCCGGGGAUCAGAGUAUGUAAACAAGUUAUCAGCAGCAGGAGGAUUCAUCAGUCCUUUUGAACCGGAUGAAAUGGGGCUUUCCGGGUCGGGAAACAAGGAGCAACUUGCCAUUGGAUCAGCAUUGAGACCCUCGAUUCACCCCGAUUAGUGGGCUCACGAUUCGUUGUAAUUAAUGAACUCAUGGGAUGAGUGUGCAUUCAUUUCUUGAUCAUUUGAUUUGAUGACAUGAUUCACCGAUGAUCAAUUUGAUAUGUGUAUCCUAGCUUUCAUUUCAUGUUCUAUUAUACUAGCCGAGGGUCCUUCUUUCUUGA